AUGUUUAUUGAUGGAAAACUUGUCGAGAGACCAGGGCUGCUUCCGAUUGCAGGUCGUAUGGUGGAACUAUUUUUGCUUUUUUUCCCGCUGGCACUUCUUUAUGUUGUGAUGCGAAUUCGAAAAGAGUGGUACCUUCGGUGGUUGGAACUGCUUUUGCGUGCAGUAAAACGCGCCGGUCCAGCCUUUGUGAAGGCCGGUCAGUGGAGCUGCACUCGACACGACAUUUUUUCUCCCGAGUUUCGUUCUGUAUUUAGACGACUGUACAACGAGGUGGACGUGCAUCCAUACAGUGUGUCACUGCAGGUACUCCGUGAGGAAUUUCAAAAGGAACCAUUGGAAUUAUUUUCUCACAUUGAGACGACACCAGUGGGCUCGGGCUCGAUAGGGCAGGUGCACCUCGCCACGUUGCGUGAGACCGGGGAGAAAGUUGUUGUUAAAGUGAUGCACCCCAAUAUUGUGGAAACUAUUUUGAAAGAUUUCUGCAUCGCUAUGCAAGUGGCACGCAUCUUAGAUAAAUGCUUUCCGUCUCUUGAGAUGUAUAAACUGCCGGCAUUGGCGCAUGCGUGGAGAAAUCAUCUCUCCGCGCAGUUGGACUUUCGUUUAGAGGCUAAGCAUUUAUCCAUCUUUCGUGAAAACUUUAGACAUGAACCGUUUGUGGACUUUCCAAGGCCGCUUUUUUCCACUCGGCGAGUGCUGGUAGAGACCUUCUGCAAAGGUGAAUUGGCUUCGCCUGAGUUUCUUAGUGCACAGGAAGAGCACGUGCGAGAUAUUUUGGCCCAUAAGGGCCUGAACACAUGGUGCAAGAUGCUUUUGCAUGAUAACUUUGUGCAUGGGGACAUGCACCCUGGCAAUAUCCUUGUUGACAUUUCUGACCCCCAUGAUCCGCGGGUGUCGCUUAUUGACGUUGGACUGUGCCAACACAUUACUCCAGAAGAGGCCGUCGUCACACACGACCUGAUGGAGUCCUUUGUUCGGUGGAAGGCAGAUUUUUGUUGUUCCUCUUUGCUACGGAUGAGUAAGACGCAGAAGUUUGUGAACAGGAAGAAGUUUGAGAAGGAGGUGGAAUGGCUCUUUGAACACUGGCGUCCAAAGAAGUCCUCGGAUUUUGCGGUAAGCAAUAUCUUGCAGUCCAUAUUUGAGUGUAUUCGCGAGAACCGCGUUCAAAUGGACCCCCCAUUUGUCUCACUUCUUUUCUCUGUUCUCGUGCUGGAGUCGUUUAUUAUGAACCUCAACCCGGAGUUCAACAUGGUGCGGCACGCCGCUCCGUGGUUAGUGGGCGAGGGCCAUAUAUCGUACGGCCUGGCAAAGAACAUUUUGCUGACGCGACUCGAUGUCUUGAAACAAGACCUCGGCGUCCUGCGCAGCCGUGUGAGAGGCGGCGUGCUCGGUAACUUGGCGCAGAAAGAAAGCAGUCGCAUGAUGACAAGCAAAUGA